GUCAGCGGACCACGUGGCUACAGCAUAUGCACAGGGCGGGAUGCCCGCAUAUCCUUUCCUCCUCACAGACGCAGAAGACUUGCUUUUAACCACCGCGGCGGCAUUGCGGCAAUCUGGAGAAGAAAUUCAUGGGGUACGCACUACUGCUGGGCUGGGCGAGCUAUAGUUAGAACGAGCUUAGGUCUCAUCAGCAAGCAAGCAAGCAAGCGAGCAAGCGAGCAAUUGGAUUGCACCCAGGGAUGGCGGCGUGGGUGGAUUCCGUGGAUGGGCGGACGGAGCGAGCUCUGUCCUUCAUCUCUCGGAGCUUAUCGGACGUGCAAAGGAGCGCGGAUCAGGACUUCAAGCUGAUGAAGGCGCGGGCCAAAUCGUUCCGGGAUCUGGCCAGCACCCUAGACAAGGAGUGGGAGAAUUUUAGGUUUCCAGUCCCGGGCAGCAGUCGCGAUCUCCUGGGGAGAUUUAAGGAGAGGCAGCACGCGUCGCCGGCUCCUCUGGCCAUUUCUCCGCUCACAGCCAUCUCGGCACAGGUGGAGGACGUGGAAUUCAUACGGAGGUUGCGGCCCACGCUCUCCACUUUCAGGAGAAUCCAGUCGGAUCCCAACUUCGUCAAGCGUGAUGACUCCAAGAGGAGCAGGGACAGGAUGGAUCUGUCCAUGCUCAAGAAGGCUCUUGCUCCCUUGGCCAGCGAUGGCGAUGGCGACGAUCCAUCCACUACUUCCUUGGAGCAGCGCUCCCCUUGGGUCAAGGGCGACAAUGCGAGCUGGAGGUGGCGGGAGAGGGGCACAGGCACCAGUGCCAAACGGACGAGAAAGAUGGUGAAGUUGCCAGCCUCAGAGGACUGGGAGCCUCUCAAACGAAUGAAAGAAGGACUCAGGGAUUUGGAAUCGACUGCGGCCAAGAGCAAGACGCCCUCCGAGUUCCUCGAGAACGUCAAGAAGACGGAACUGUUUGAGAACGUCAAGAGCAGCCUGAAACUCACUCUUCCGAAUUCCGAUGGUGCGAGAAAACUUACAGAGGAGCCUGGAAAGGAUGUGGCGCCCUUGGACGUUCCCGAGCUGCUGGAGAAUCUGGUGAGGCAAUCAGAGCCUUUCCUCGAUCAACUCGGCGUGAGAAAAGACGUCUCCGUGAGCUUCUGUAAGAUGCUGCGGCGGUGCAAACGCGCAUCCAGCGGCAACGCGGAGCUUGUAGCAACGUCGACAGAGUCAGAACCCAAGGACGACCUGGACUUGAGGGUCGCUAGUGUUCUGCAGAGCACAGGGUACAGGUACAGAGGUGGAAUGUGGAAGGAGGGUACUGAAGCUGCGGAUUUGCCAGACGAUGGAAGGCGUAAAAUCGCAAUCGUGACGACGGCAAGCUUGCCAUGGAUGACAGGAACCGCUGUUAAUCCUUUGUUCCGUGCGGCAUACUUAGCCAAGGACGGGAUGAGAAAUGUGACCUUGCUCAUUCCUUGGCUUUGUAAGAAGGACCAGGCUCUGGUAUAUCCCAGCCACAUGAGCUUCAACACUCCCGAGGAACAGGAAUCGUACGUUCGUACUUGGCUGGAGGAAAGAAUUGGAUUCAAGGCGGAUUUCAAGAUUGCAUUCUACCCCGGCAGAUUCUCGACGCACAAGCGAAGUAUACUGGCUUGCGGUGAUAUCUCGCAGUUCAUACCCGAUAAAGAAGCAGACGUCGCGGUUUUGGAGGAGCCGGAGCAUCUCACGUGGUACUACCACGGGAGAAGAUGGAACAAGAAGUUCAAGGACGUGAUUGGCGUGGUCCACACCAACUACUUGGAGUACGUUCAACGCGAAAAGAACGGUGCCUUGCAAGCGUUUCUACUCAAGCACAUCAAUAAUUGGGUGGUCGGCAUCUACUGUAACAAGGUAUUGCGGCUCUCCGCUGCUACACAAGAGCUGCCGAAAUCGCAAGUUUGCAACGUCCACGGCGUGAGUCCCAAGUUUUUGGAGAUUGGGAAGAAGGUGACCGUGGAAACAGACUCUGGCAAGUCUGCCUUCACCAAGGGCGCUUACUUCCUCGGCAAGAUGAUAUGGGGAAAGGGGUACAGGGAACUUGUUAAUUUACUAGCGCAAUACAAGCAGGACCUGGCGGACUUGAAGCUGGACGUUUAUGGUUCCGGAGAAGAUGCGGCCGAUGUGAAGUCGACGGCUCAGAACCUUGGCCUGGGCAUAAAUUUCCAUCAAGGCAGAGACCAUGCAGACGAGUCUCUACACAGCUAUAAGGUGUUUAUCAAUCCAAGCGUGAGCGAUGUGGUGUGCACGACGACGGCAGAGGCACUGGCCAUGGGAAAGAUCGUUGUUUGCGCCGAUCAUCCGUCCAACGAGUUCUUCCGGGGCUUCCCAAACUGCCUCACUUACAGCAGCCCCACGGAAUUCGUGGAGAAGGUGAAGGUGGCCAUGGCGUCGGAGCCGGUGCCGCUGUCGGCCGAGGAGUGCCAUCGCUUGUCGUGGGAGGCUGCAACCGAGAGGUUCCUGGAGAUGACAAAGCUGGACAGAGGAAGCGCGAGUGAGCAGCAGGCAAAGGCUGGAGCAGCGGUGAAGCGGCCAAUGACACUGUCCAUGUCGCUUCCAAACUUGCGGGAUGUUGUCGAUGGCACUCUGGCACUGGCUCACUUCGUAGCUUCGGGAUUUGAGCCGGCAAGGCUGGUGUCUGGAGCGAUCCCUGGAACGAUGCAUUGCAGCGUGGAGCAGAGCAAGGAUCUGGGCUUGCCACCUCCAUUGUUUCAUGGUUUUUAAGUUCGCCAUGAAAAGGAGGGCAGCCAUGUCACCAAAGAGAAUAUAAAGUUUGCCGGAACCUUUAA